GAAGAAAAUGAACAGACCUCUCAAAAACAAAUCUCUCCCAGACUAACAGAAAUGAAAACGUUGAUUCGGUAGCGACACGGCGUGGGAGCCCCCCCAGGACUCCGCAGUACAAGCUGUCAUGGCGGCCCGGCUGUUAAGCUUGUAUGGUCGCUGCCUAUCAGCAGCGGGGGCAAUGAGAGGACUCCCGGCUGCCCGCGUUCGCUGGGAGUCCUCCAGGGCUGUAAUCGCCCCAUCCGGUGUGGAGAAAAAGCGGCAACGAGAACCGACCAUGCAGUGGCAGGAGGACCCAGAACCCGAGGACGAAAACGUCUACGCGAAGAACCCUGACUUUCAUGGUUAUGAUAGUGACCCUGUGGUGGACGUCUGGAAUAUGCGAGCUGUCUUCUUCUUUGGUUUUUCCAUCGUCCUGGUCUUUGGGACCACCUUCGUGGCUUAUGUGCCUGAUUACAGGAUGCAAGAGUGGGCCCGCCGGGAAGCUGAGAGACUUGUGAAAUACCGAGAAGUCAAUGGCCUUCCCAUCAUGGAAUCCAACUACUUCGAUCCCAGCAAGAUCCAGUUACCAGAAGAUGACUGAUGGCUUACCGAGCAGGGCCUAAGAAGCAUUACUCAUCUGCUGCUUGUUAUUUUCCUGGUUCCUCAGAACACCUUAUUAAAGGAAUUGAAAGUA